UGAGGACUCCAGAAAUGGACAGUCUGCUACUGAAGCGUAAUAAGUUCCUGUACCACUACAAGAACCUCCGCUGGGCACGAGGCCGGCACGAAACUUACCUGUGUUACAUCGUCAAGCGCCGGUACAGCUCGGUUUCCUGCGCCAUGGAUUUCGGCUACCUGCGCAAUCGGAGUAAUUGCCACGCAGAGAUCCUGUUCCUGCGCUACCUGUCCAUGUGGUUGGGGCAUGAUCCAAACAGGGCGUUCCGGGUCACCUGGUUCAGCUCAUGGAGCCCGUGCAGAGACUGUGCUCGUCGCACCGUUGAGUUCCUGCUCAACCAUCCCAACCUGACCCUCCGCAUCUUCAGCGCCAGGCUGUACUUCUGCGAGGAGCGAAACGCGGAGCCGGAGGGACUGCGUAGGCUGCAGAGAGCAGGCGUACGAAUGGCGGUCAUGAGUUACAAAGACUACUUCUACUGUUGGAACACUUUUGUGGAGACUCGAGAGCAAAGGUUCGAGGCUUGGGAUGGAUUGCAUGAGAAUUCGGUGCGGCUCUCGAGAAAACUGAGGCGUAUCUUAGAGCCUCCAUAUGACAUGGAAGACUUACAUGAAGCAUUUGAUCUUCUGGGACUUUAGGGGAUGUCUCAGCAAAUCAAAAUGAAAAAUUUUACUGAGAUCCAGUUCAAAACUGGCAAAUCGCCAGGAAAUGUGAGUCUCCGAGGAAGAAGAAGUGGUGCAGAAAGGCAGCGGAGAACCUUCAUACAGCUGAAAACCGCGGGGACAAAAAGUGACAUCAUUGGCAUAAAGAGAAUCGUCACAAAUACCAAAGGUCCCUGAAACUGCAAUAACAAAAAACACAAUGUGCAAUACCACUGACAACCACUAUGUGGCGCAAAAACAUAAAUAAACCUAAAACAUCUCAGCACAACACAUCAAGGUGGAUAAACCUAGAGGGAAAGAGGGCAACUGCAGUCACAAAAGCAGAUUCGUCUGCUGGUUCUGAUCCACAUUGUACCUCAAAGGGAGCAGUAUUAUA